AUGACUGCUCUCAACUGGCAAGAAAAGGUCUCAGCCAAGCAAGCCGAAGCAAAGGCAAAAAUUCCUGCCGAAUGGCUUUUGCCGGCAGAAGUGCUCCAGCAGACCUCUCGUGAUGAGCUCUCGGUCUUGGGUAUUCCCAAGACAUGCGGCCUCCUCACGACUCGAGAGCUUUCCAUCACCGAGGAUUUCGAUGCCACAGCACUACGUGACAAGCUCGCUGCAGGCGAGUUUAGUGCCCUCGAGGUGACGGCUGCAUUUUGCAAGCGCAGCGCCAUUGCACAGCAGCUCACAUACUGCUUGACCGAGACCAUGUUCCCCAUGGCCCUGGCGCGAGCCAAAGAACUCGACGAACAUUUGGCUACACAUGGCAAACCCAUGGGAGCCCUACACGGAGUGCCUAUUAGUCUCAAGGAGACGUUCAACGUCGAGGGAGUGCCGUCUUCUCUGGGGUUGGUCUCGUUCCUCCAACGUGAACCUGUCACCAGCAACUCAGUAUUAGUCGACAUUCUUCUGGCUGCGGGUGCAGUACUCUACGUCAAGACAAACGUCCCACAAACCAUGAUGACGGCAGAUUCUCACAACAACGUCUUCGGCCGCGUUCUGAAUCCCAUCCGGCGCAACCUCACAGCCGGCGGCAGUAGUGGCGGUGAGGGAGCCUUGGUGGCCAUGCGCGGAUCUAUCCUGGGCAUCGGCACCGAUAUCGCUGGUUCUAUCCGCAUCCCUGCCUUGUGCUGUGGCACAUUUGGCUUCAAGCCCAGCGUGGGUCGCGUGCCCUAUGCCAAACAGGCCAGCGCAGGCCGUCCUGGCAUGACUGGCAUUGCACCGGUAGCGGGUCCGCUGUGCCACUCUGCCCGGGACGCAGAGCUGCUCCUCAGGGUCGUGUUUGAUGCUCCUGCAGAUGACAUGGACGAUAAUGCCCUUGGCCUGGCCUGGAACGAACCAGCGCCUCGAUCCGGCGAGAUCCUUACUAUUGGUCUCUUCCCCGAGGAUCCCAAGGCCCCUCUCCAUCCGAAUAUGCAGCGCGUCCUAGUCGAAGCAGUGGAGAAGCUCAAGGCCGAGGGGCAUCGUAUUGUGGACCUUUCUGGCAAAGUCCCAUCUGUGACAGAUGCAGCUGAUCUAUCAUUUAAAUUCUUCCGCAUCGACCCGGACAAGACUGUUCUGGGCCAUGUCUCGAAGAGCGGCGAACCUUUUAUUCCGUCGCUCCGGUUCACUUACGAUUUGUCCGGCAACGAACCUGAGCCUACCCUGCGUGGGCUUCUCGACCUCAACGCGGCACGAGCUGGGAUGACAGGCCAGAUGCGAAGGCUAUUCGUCGAUAACAAGCUAGAUGUGAUUCUGGCCCCAGGAUACCAAACCUGCGCUGUGCCACACGACACUUUCGGCGUCCCGGUGUAUACGGUGAUUGGGAAUAUGAUCGACUAUCCUGCCUGCGUUAUUCCAUUCGGGCAGUCCAAUGAGGUUGCCGAUACCAAAUUUGUGCGAGAUGUUACUUAUGUUCCAAGCUACCUUCCUAAGGAGGUGGAAGAUGCCCCUUGCCAUGUGCAGCUCAUUGGUCGUCGACUGAAGGAUGAAGUAUUGAUGAAGCACGCCAAAGUGGUUGAGCGAGUGUUGUCAAGAUGA